AUGGCUCCCACACUAGGCCGUGAAACAACAGGCACAGAACUUGUCGCCGAGUACGCCUCCCACAUCGCCGGUAAAACAAUCCUGGUAACCGGCGUCUCCCCCGGCGGCCUCGGCGCCGCAUUCGCCCAAGCAGUCGCUGCCGCCUCUCCGGCCCUCCUCAUCCUCGCGGGCCGCAACACCACCAAAGUCCAACAGACGGCCGAUGCCAUUACGUCAUCGUUCCCGGCCGUUGCUGUCAAGACGCUUGAGCUAGACCUGAGCUCGUUCAAGAGCGCGCGAGCGGCUGCGGAGACUGUGAAUGGGUGGGAGGAUGUGCCUCACAUUGAUGUUCUGGUGAAUAAUGCGGGCAUCAUGGCUACGGACUGGGGCAAGACGGAAGAUGGCUUUGAGAGUCAGUUUGGAACGAAUCACCUCGGUCCUUUCCUUUUCACAAACUUGAUUCUCGAUAAGGUUCUCACUGCAAAGGAGCCGAGGGUCGUGACGGUCAGCAGCGAUGGGCACCGAUUGAGCCGUAUCCGUUGGACGGAUUACAACUUCAAUGACGGCAAGCACUACAACAAGUGGAUCGCCUAUGCGCAAUCAAAGACGGCCAACUGCCUGAUGGCUCUCUCGCUCGCCGAGAAGCUAGGCAACAAGGGUCUCCUGAGCUUCAGUCUGCACCCGGGCGUCAUCUUCACCAAUUUGGGUGGCCAUUUGGAGAGCUUUGAUUCACUACGGGAGACGGAAAUCAUCAUGGGUACCAAGAAUAUGUGGACGGAGUUCCACCCAAAGACGGAAGAUCAGGGUAUCGCCACACAUGUGUACACGGCAUUCAGUCCGGACAUCAAGGGCCACAGCGGACAGUACUUCAAUGACUGCCGCAUCGCCGACCAGUACGAUGAGGAGAUUUACCCCUGGGCGAACAACAAGAUUGAGGCGGAUAGGUUGUGGAAGUUGAGCGAGAAGCUUGUUGACCAGGAGUUCAGCUACUAG